AGAAUUUCCAUAGCAAUUGCCAGGCAAGAGUUCAGGGUCACGCGAAGUGAAGGCGCUAGGCGUUCGGCUUAUAGAAGGACACGGCUGGGGGACGGGCUACCCAGAAAGCGCUCUGCAAGGAAGCAAGACCCGGAAGUACGUUUGUCAGUUGUGCAAGCCGCUCGCGACCUGCCCAGAGAACAAGCGGCGAAGAGUCUCACUGGUGCGGGCAACGUCUCCGGCGAUAAUUGUCAGCAGCAAUGGUUUCUGCAAAGCAGCUGGCAGACUUUGGCUAUAAAUCUGUUUCCUGCUCAAUGAUGCUCCUUACGCUUUAUGGAGGCUACCUCUGUAGCCUCAGAACAUACUAUUAUUUUCAGCGCAAGAGUCUCCUGGAGCAACCUGAGAAGGAGCAAGUACAUGCAGAUGCCAUCAAGGACUGAAGAGUGGCUGUACAUGACUGUUGGAUUCCUAUCAGAUUGCUAUGUUGGAAACACUCCUAUCAGGAAGCAAAACUGUAGGAACCUCUGCCACUAAGAACAGGCAUCCCAGGCUGUGAUAUUAAAGAGGGUAAAACAUUGCGUGAUCAUGCAAACAUUCUGUGCACAGCUUCUCUCCUUAUUUCUGUAAAUAGAUGCUUAUUAUUAAAGAUGUGUUCACAGAAUGGUUUCACCUGUACUUUCAUGCCCGUUAACUUGAAAGAUGGAAGACUACGAUAGGAAUAGUAAUUAUUCCUGGGUGCCUCUGGCAGUGGUCAGCAGUAGCUUUUGAGGGAAGUAUAUCUCCUCUGCUGUAGUUAGGGUUGCCAGCUCUGGGUUGGCAGAAACCUGGAGAUUUUGGAGGUGGAGCCUGG